GUCAAUCGUAUUUCGCAUAUCUCACACGUGCGCCGAUUUUGUGUGUGCUUCGAAAGUCAGAUUUUAUACAUCACACUAUUCUCAUUUUUUAAAAUGGUUAAAAAACGAAAGUUUAUUGAAACAAAACCUCAAGAACUUCAAAAACCUUGUCCGGUGGAGGUUGUGCUAGAGGAUUUGACAGCUCACCCCCUUUGUCUUCAUGGCCCAACUUUGUUGUUUUCUAGUGUAAAAGGCAAGUAUUAUUCCUGUUCUUUAUGCCGGAACAAAAAGGACUGCACUUUGAAUAUAGACGAGGAAGACUGGAAAAAGGAAAAUGUAAGGAAACGAAAUGAAAAGUACUACAAUCUUAUUCCAAAACUCGAUAAGGAGGCUGCAUGGAGUAACUUUAAAGAGGUAAAAUCACAACAUUCCUCUAACCGCGCAUAUUGUAAUACAUGUCAAGAGCUCUAUAUACUAUCACAAAGCAAGAAACAUCUGAAGGACCAUAGGGUGAUCACACCAUUAACUGAUGAUCAAUUAGUUAAUCCAUCUUCAUGGUUGCCAGCUUUGAAUGAUGACACUGUUGAAGCACAGUAUCUGUUUACUAAGAAAUCUGUUAGCACUGUGUUGGGUAUACUCAAAAACAACAAUAUCAGAAAUAUCUUGUGCAUUGGUACACCAAGUGUACAUGAAGCUGCCCAAGCCAGUCCAGACUUUGAUUCAUUGUUACUAGAUUAUGAUAAGCGCCAUUCACUGUUCAAUCCUCCAUAUAAAUUCUUGUGGUACAAUAUGUUCAAUGAUUACCUCUUCAAUGGGAAUACUGAUGAGAAAGUUUUGAAGAAAUUCUUCAAAAACUCCAGAGAUGGAGGUCUUUGUGUUGUCAUGGAUCCUCCGUUUGGUGGCAGAGUUGAACCUCUGGUAUUCACACUAAAGGAAUUGUCAAAAUUAUACAGAAAAACAUUUGAUAAGAGUGAUGAAGAAAUUAUUCCGGUCAUUUGGGCAUUCCCAUAUUUUUCAGAACCUUAUAUAAAGAAUUUGAUGCCUGAAAUUAAAAUGCAUGACUAUCAGGUGGAAUAUGAAAACCAUAAAAAGUUCCAGAAUAAAUCAAAAAGCGGUCGUAAAUUUGGUUCUCCCGUCCGAUUUUUCACAAACCUUCCAUUGCUCACAAUUGAUCUUUCAAAUGAUACGAAAUAUAAGCUUUGUGAUAAAUGCAAAUAUUGGGUCUCUGUGAGUAACAACCAUUGUAAUAAAUGUAAAGAGUGCACCAGCAAGAAUGGCAUGACAUACAAACACUGCAAUAUUUGUAAGCGGUGUGUGAAACCAACGUUCUUCCAUUGUAAGGAGUGUGGACGUUGUUGCCAAGAAAAGGGUCAUGUGUGCGGAAUUGUGGUUGAAAGUCAGUCAUGCUACAACUGCCAAGCUAAAGGACACAAGCAAUCGCAAUGUCCACAAUUACAAGGAAGUAAAAAGAAAAAGAAGCGUGUUCAUGCAUGAUCAUUAUUUAUUUACAAGAUAAUAUAAUUAUUAUAGAAAACUUCUUGUCAUUUAUUACUUAUACUAUUUUUUAAUGAAAUUACAUAAUAUUUUAUUCUUGAUUCAUCUCAUAGUUGUAAUCACACAAAAGUUUAAGAAAUGAGAGUAAAAUAAUAAUAUAAAAUGUAAGUAUACAUAAAAGAUAUAUCAAAUCAGCUUGAAUGUUGUCCUUGUUGACGAGUCUUGAUAGGAUAUGGAUAAGGGCACUCACUUGACGUUGAUCUUGUUGAGUGAUUGCUGCGUGUGGUGGUAGCGCGCCUCCACGAGUUGCGCCUGGUCGAGCCACGCCUGCCUCACGUCCGCCCACCGCCGCGCGUGCGCACGCAGCAGCUGCUCGCGACUCGGAACCUCAUCGCGCUACAAUAACCAUAAAGCCGAAUUUA